AUGGCGGUUCUCGAAAUAACCCAAUUGCGUCUCAGGAAUGUUGCCGCCGACGAUCCAGCAUUGCUUGAGAACCUAUCAGCCGUGCGAGAGAAACUGCACACAAGCUCACAGUUUUACAACUGCAUCGAGGACCCCAAGUUGAUCUACAUUUUGGGCAUAUGGCCAAAUUUGGAAGCACACUUGAAGUUCCUAGAUUCUCCAGCGCGGGACGAGGUUCUCGGCCCCCAAGAAGAUAUGCUCCAAUUUUGUUGGACCGUCCAUGUGGAACUAGAUGGCAUGCAUUUGCUUCCUUUAGAGGCACCCAUAUUGGCAAUAGAGAGACUUCGUUUCAAGGAAGAAUGCGUCGAGGAUCUUGAAAGGGCUGUCACAAGCUAUGCGCAACAGCUCCGAGGCAACCACACGUUCAAAGUAGCACACGGCUGGCGAUGCGAUGCACCGGGAACUCACGAGGCGCUUGUCUUUACUGGAUGGGAGACUGCGCAGACUCACGUCAUCCUCACAGCAAACGUGGACGAUGACCACGACGUCGCCGUAUUGCAGGACCGAUCCGAGACGGUGCAAAUCAUACGCGGCAGAAAUCUGGAGCGGAACGAUGGGUGA